CUUCCGACGAUGGUGUCCAAAGCCUUGAAGAGCCUCGUGCUGCUGCUUGCCGCGCCGUGCGCACUCGCCGCCGACCUCUCGCUCCCCGUCGAGCUCUUUUCGCCGCUCGUCGCACAGAAGAUCCUUGCGACCGCAAACACAGUCCAAAACCCCACCAAGUACCCACAGUACACGGACCGCGUGCAGGGCGUCUGGCAGUACUUCGUCCCCGACACCUGGACGAGCGGAUUCUUCCCUGCCACGCUGUACGAGCUGAACCGCCGGACGACGCUGUGCGCCGCGGACGUGAGUGCCCAGGGGCUGAAUGGCACGGACUGGGUUCUGCUCGGGCAGACGUGGAGUGCGGGAGAGGUCCCGUCGGAGACCAACACCGGCGUUGGACAUGACGUCGGGUUCUUGAGCUUCCCGUUCGUGGACGAACUCCAGCUGCAUCCGGAAAACCAGUCUGCGAUCACUGCUGUGAACGAUUUCGCAAACCACCUCGCUGGUCGGUUCGACCCGGCUGUGGGAUGUACGAGGAGUUGGGACACACCAGAUCCCACAGAUUUUGAGGUCAUUAUCGACAACAUGAUGAACCUGGAGGUUCUGUUUGUAUCCGCGAAUCUCACGGGCAACCACACACUCAUCGACAUCGCAACCUCGCACGCCGAUCACACGGCGAUCAACCAUGUCAGACCCGACGGGUCUUCAUUCCACGUCGUGGAGUACAACGCGACAACCGGAGUCGUCGUCAGCAAAUUCACUGCACAAGGAUAUGCCAACAAUAGCACGUGGAGUCGUGGCCAGGCUUGGGGUAUCUACGGUUUUGCAAACAUGUUCAAGCACACGCAGAACACAAGCUACCUCGAGACGUCACGGCGCAUGGCCGCGUACUUCAUCAACAAUCUUCCAGAUGACGGCGUCGUUCCCUGGGACUUCAACGCUCCGCUCGUCCCACCACGUCCCGCGGAUUCGUCCGCGGCGAUGAUCGCGGCGAACGGACUCAUCCUCCUCUCGCAAGGCGAGCUCUCACUGUCUCCGCCAAACAAGACAGGCUCGGACUUCUACGUCGACACCGCGAUCCAGAUCAUCGCAAACAACACCGCGCUCGCGUGGCGCCCGAGCUGGCAGAGCCUGCUCGCGAACGGGACGGUGAACAACCCGGAGGCGAACAACCUGACGGGGAUCGUGUACGGCGACUACUACUUCGUCAAGAACGCCAACGACCUCGUCGACCUCGGCGUCGCGACGUGCAACGGCUCCCUCACGGGCACGCUCCCGUCAGCGCCGUCCUCGACGUCUUCGACAUCCUCGGUAUCCAGUCCCGCGGCGACGAACACGGGGGGCGUGCAGGCGGGUGCCGCGCGAGCGGAUGCGGCGUUGGACAUGACGCGCUGAGUUUGGAAGACGUUGGAUGUUCGAAAAUGCGCGGAUCAAACGCGUAUAUAUUGUACAUUUUCGUUCAGACAGUGUAUCUAAGUUAUCGUGCAUCAGUCUAUACGUAUAAAUUCUCGUUCGC